AUGGCUAGUGAGGAUAGUUUUCUAGUCUUGGUACACCACAGAGGGGGGAUUAAGAGAAAAACUCGGUCCGGUGUGAAGUUCACCGAUAAGGAUCCUCUAUGUAUUAUCGUGAGGCCUAUGACGAGCUACGAUGCCCUCGUUAGCUCUGUGCUGGUGAAGCUUGGUCUGGAAGGAGUGAAAAGGGUUAAGAAGUUUUUCUAUCGCAUUCCAACCACGGUGCUCCAUGAUACGGUGAACUCGGGUGGUUCGAACCAGAAUACCAACACUAUAGCCACGGUGGCCGGUUCAAGCUCGAGACCUGCAGUUGCUUCAUCCUCCGUACCUGUGUAUGAGCCACAGAUCCAGCCUGUCGCCUCCCCUUCGUUCGCUGUUGAUCUCAGCGGCAACGUUGGCGACGAGGUUCGAUAUGGGGAACAUCUUCCGACCGAAGUACAUUGUCCUACACCGGCUGGUGUUGGUGAAGGAUUGUUUGAUGAUCCAGAUGACGAUGAUGUGGAGCCGGAUAUGAUCGCUGAUGACAGUGGCGAUGAUCUCGGAGCGAGUGAUCCGAGAGGGGCUACAGGUGGAUCUAGUUCUGGCACACAGCAGUACCCACCCCAUUUUUCAUCGUUGGACCUGGAUGCCAUGAGGCAGGAUGGACAUCCUGGCAUCCGCCGAGGGGUACAGUACAAGGUAGUUGAGUCUGACUAUCGCAGGUAUGUGGGAAAGUGUUCUGAGUUUGGGAAUGGGUGCACAUGGUUGAUUCGGUUGAGUCUCCGGCAGCGCAAUGACAUCUGGGAAGUCAAACGGUACAACGGACCGCAUACUUGUCUCGCCACCUCCAUCUCCAGCGACCAUAGGAGUCUGGACUACCAUGUCAUAGCGACGUUCAUUAUGCCAAUGGUGAGGGCUGAUGCAUCCGUCAACAUCAAGGUGCUUCUAAAUGCCACGGCCGCACACUUUGGGUUCAGGCCUACGUAUAGGAGGGUAUGGAUGGCGAAACAAAAGGCCGUUGCUGUCAUCUAUGGGGACUGGGAUGAGUCGUACAACGAGCUUCCUAGUCCUCAGGACUUGUCCUGUUCGAGUUGGGGGACAGCUGGACGAGUCUCAGGCUUUUUUUCAGAGGCUAUUCUGGACGUUCCCCCUUGUAUCGAGGCUUUUCGUCAUUGCAAGCUGUUGGUGAGUAUUGACGGCACCCAUCUAUAUGGCAAGUAUGGGGGAACGUUGCUUGUCGCGAUUGCACAAGACGGGAACUCCAGCAUACUCCCUGUGGCAUUUGCACUAGUUGAGGGUGAGAAUGCUGAGUCUUGGUCCUUCUUUCUCUCCCACCUCCGCCACCACGUGACACCUCAGCCAGGUCUGUUAGUUAUUUCAGAUAGGCAUAACGGCAUCAAGGCAGCGCUCGAGGCUCCUGAUGGGGGAUGGCUACCUCCGGCUGCAUACCGGGCAUUCUGCAUUCGACAUGUAGCAGCGAAUUUCGCCCUCACCUUCAAGGGCAAGGACGCCUAG